UCCGGGGGCGGGUCAGCGGAAGUGAGGGCGGAUGAGUCUGGGCGGCCCGCUGAGGUAGGAGGGGCCGUGAGGUGAGUGAGUCCCGGAGCCGGAGUCUGAGGAAGGGAAAUCUGGUGUUCCUUAAAGAUGGCCUGAUAUGAAGAAAUCACGCCUCCAGCCUCCCCAAGCCCCCAGAGCUGCCCUGUGGCUGCCUUGUCCUUCAAGUGCAGGAGCUGGUUGAAAUGUCCGGGAUGGAAGCCAAUGUGACCAUCCCAAUCUGGCAAAACAAACCACAUGGGGCUGCUCGCAGUGUAGUGAGAAGAAUUGGGACCAACCUGCCCCUGAAGCCAUGUCCCCGGGCAUCCUUCGAGACCCUGCCCAACAUCUCUGAUCUGUGUCUGAGGGAUGUACCCCCAGUCCCUACUCUGGCUGACAUCGCCUGGAUUGCUGCAGAUGAAGAGGAGACAUAUGCCCGGGUCAGAAGUGACACACGGCCCCUGAGGCAUACCUGGAAACCCAGCCCUUUGAUUGUCAUGCAGCGCAAUGCCUCAGUGCCCAAUCUGCGUGGGUCCGAGGAGAGGCUUCUGGCCUUGAAGAAGCCAGCCCUGCCAGCCCUAACCCGCACCACAGAGCUGCAGGAUGAGCUGAGCCACCUGCGCAGCCAGAUUGCUAAGAUAGUGGCAGCUGAUGCAGCUUCGGCUUCAUUAACGCCAGAUUUCUUAUCUCCAGGAAGUUCAAAUGUCUCUUCUCCCUUACCUUGUUUUGGAUCCUCAUUCCACUCUACAACUUCCUUUGUCAUUAGUGACAUCACCGAGGAGACCGAGGUAGAGGUCCCUGAGCUUCCAUCAGUCCCCCUGCUUUGUUCUGCCAGCCCUGAAUGUUGCAAACCAGAACACAAAGCUACCUGCAGCUCGUCUGAAGAGGAUGACUGUGUCUCUCUGUCCAAGGCCAGCAGCUUUGCAGAUAUGAUGGGGAUCCUAAAGGACUUUCACCGGAUGAAACAGAGCCAAGAUCUGAACCGGAGUUUAUUGAAGGAGGAAGACCCUGCUGUCCUUAUCUCUGAGGUCCUAAGGAGGAAGUUUGCUCUGAAGGAAGAAGAUAUUAGUAGAAAAGGAAACUGAUAGAACUCAGCUCUGCAAAUUCAGUCUCAUGCUCCUGGAAUUCCUUCAAUAGCUGCCUUCCUCGCCACAGACCUUUAUGCCUCUCAGUUAGAAAUCUUUUGCAACAGUCUUGCCGAAAGCUAGAGCUUGGACUGAAAGAGAAGAGUUGGAUCAUGCUUCCUUUGCUUUAAACCUUAGCAGAAGCUAAGGGCUGUUUUGCACCAAGACACUUGUUACAGGUAAAUGUAUAGUUCGGAAUGUCUCAGUCUAAAGGGUGAGACAGAAGUUUGGUUUUUCCUUGCCUCUGUGUGAAAAUAGGUCCUAAAUGAAUGGCUUACUUCACUGCAUUAGACCCCAUAACUGGUCUCACCAGACACUUUGUGCCCAGCUGUCACUCUCAGCAGCUUCCUUGCAGCAGAGCAGGGCUGAGGGUGAGGGGCUAUGAAUGUUUGUAUGUUUGACAGGGCAGGGAAAAUCUUAUGCUGCUCCAUCAUAAACUGACACCAGUGCCCAGCAAUCACCUUCUCCCUCUUUCCUGUCCCUAGAUGUAGAGGUCGGACCUCUGGACCAGCUGACACUUGGGCUACUGCUGGGAGGCCUGGGUGGUUUUUUUCUUAAAUAUAUUUUGUAAUACUGUACAACCAAAUCUAUCCUCCCAGGCCCUGGGACCUCAUGGGUUCCACUGAUUGAAAACAUUUUCUCUUCCGUGGACUUUAGUUUAAGCCCAAUAGGAAAGAGAAAUGGGAAGGAGAAACAGCACCAUCCUUCUUCCAGGCCCUUGACUGCUCGUUUGCACUGGGCCAAGGUUUGUACCUAUCACACCAUGCAUGACUCAGACGCCCUCAGGUCCCUUUCUCUAUGGUAUGUAUCCUGUGUGUUUGGGUUGAAGCACUACCUGAUAUUAAAUGAAGGAUAUGGAGA